AUGGCUUGGGUGGUACCAUGGCAACGGGCAACGCGAUCUCGCACUGUACAUUAGGAACGCCGCGUACGCGCACGCGCACUGAUCGAGCACUGCAGAGACCUUCUAAUCAUCAACCGUGUGAGAGUGACAGCCGCGCCUCCUUUAUGAACAUAUCAGCCGAUCUUCCCCUGUCGCCUGGAUUGAUGGAGGACACGUGCAAGGAGCGCAAGCUUCUCUCCUUUCUGUUUUACCAAGCUGUGCGCGACCAUAAACCUGUGUGGAUGCUGGAGGACAUGCGCAACAUGGAAACCUUUCACUGGGAAGAUAGCAGCCAGCAACGGACCUACUCUCCAUCCGAGGCGCUCCUGUAUGCCAUCGUGCACGACCACCGAGCUUACGCACAAUAUUUGCUGAAUCAGUUCUCAGACGGCGCUCUUGCCAUGCCAGGAGAGCGUUUCUGCUGCUGUGCACCAUCUGCCCCGCACUUGGCCAUGGCUGUCCGCUACGACAGGAAGGACAUCAUGGCUCUCAUCCUUCAGGUGGCACAUAGAAUGCCCGCUCUGCGCUCGUACAUGGACCGAGGAGGAUGCAACCACAUGGAGGACGGCAAAACUCCACUCCAUCUGGCUUGUGAACUGUCACACUCAGAGGCUGUCGUACUGUUAUUGGGAAACGGGGCUUCACCUCAUGCUGAGGACCACAACGGUAUGACACCACUGGAUCUCACCCUGGAGCAGCUCUGGACCUCCAAAGUGAACACACGUGCCAAGGAGAUGUGCCUUGAGAGCCUGCUCAUGUUCAUGCCUCGGGUGCAGUUCAAAAUGAAGAGCGCACUGCAAAAGGAUCCGCAGUGCUGGUCCGAAGUUCUGGGUGAGGAGACUUUUAACUACCUUGUUGGGAGAAAUCCAGGAACACUCUUCCUCGUAGCUAUGCAAAAAAUCCUGUCUCAACUGCCUCCACAGGAAUUUCCACAAAGUCUGGAUAAACUGCCUAUUCCAGCAUCUCUGAAAAGCUUCACACAGUCCUUAAUGCAGACCUAACACUGGCUACAUACUGGCAGUAUGCUUCUUGUUUUACUGUUUGUUUUUUCUUUUAACUUAUAUUUAAUUAUCUGGCAUGAAUUUGACAUGUAGUGUGUGUGUGUGUGUGUGUGUGAGUGAGGGCAAGAGAGAGAAUGAAGGGAGGUGGGUGGAGUAGCAUGAAAUGAAUGAUUAAAACCUUUACUGUAACUUGGGUAAGCAAAAUUGUCUUCCAGUUCUCUGAUUCUCUGCCUUUAUUUUUUUUAAAUGACAAUAUUCAUAUGUAAUGAAAAUAAAUUAACCUGAAACAUACACUUAAAAAUAAACAAGCAAUGUAAAUAGUUCCUAAUGAUUUUAAUGAAUAUGCAAAACAAAUGUCUAUUUAAUGUAAUUUUGUCUUUAUUCUAUCAGAGUUUUACUUUGGAAAAAUGCUUGUAAGUGUCAUAUCGGAAAACUAAGAGCUGGUUGUUGUGUGUACCCCCUCCCCAUUUUUUAUUUAUAUG